UACAAUUAAUCAUACUGGCUAUAUAUGUGUCGAAUUUAUAUAGGACUUAAACAAACAAGAAUACUAUGGAGAUACUGUUGAAACUAUGUACGCUAUGGUUUAUAGGAAUAGUGUUUACUAUCAACAUUUCAGUUGUAGAAAGCACAAAAACUUGUCACAGUCCAACAGCUAUAUCACUGUGUAAAUCAUCGUCUGAUGAUGUUGACAGCAUUCAUACCCACUGCUAUGUAAAGAAGGUAUACACUGCGCAUGGUUGGUUCACAGAAAGGGGCGGUACAAAUGAAUCUGUAUGCAUCACCAAUGCUGGUAUGAGCACCAUCAACAAUCCGGAUUGUAGGGCGACAACAACUCCACACUGGACUACAUGCUUUGAUUGUUGUCAACAAAUCUAUUGUGAUCCUGCUAGUGUGUAUUGUAAUGCACAAGAUGAUAUCAAUCCAAAAUACAUGCCCUUAUAUAUGAAAACAGGUAGACACCAGCUAUAACAAGGUUGUGAACUGAUAUUAACGAUAUACUGUAACAGUCAAAAAAAAUACAAUUCGUUACGGACAUUAUUAUUUGUAUUGCUUAAGGAGGUUUCGGAAAUUGUUUUCAGAUGUUCGGACUCCUUGUUUUUUUCCAUUAAUACAGGGUUAAAUAUUUUGCCCUAUAAAACCCAUUUUUCUUUUCAUAGAAGACUUCAAUAGCUCAUAAAGGUCUAUUUUCCAAAAAUUAAGCAGAUUCUUAAUUUUUUGUUCUU